UGGUUGACGGGUAUUCGAGGUUGCAGCAGGCUGAGGGAGACCGUGGAAGGUAAGCAGGGAGGCAGCAUCAUGGCGGACAGAGACAGUGGCAGUGACCACGGAGGGCUGGCCACAGGCCCCGGCUCGCUGCCCCCGGGCGCGAUGGGCGCCGCGGCAAGACUCCAACACGACACAGAGGAGCUCGCAUCGAAGCGAGUCGACAUCCAGAAUAAGCGCUUCUACCUAGAUGUGAAGCAAAAUGCAAAAGGCCGCUUCCUAAAGAUAGCCGAGGUCGGAGCUGGGGGAAACAAGAGCCGCCUCACUCUCUCUAUGUCAGUGGCAGUGGAGUUCCGCGACUAUCUCGGGGACUUCAUCGAACAUUACGCCCAACUGGGCCCGAGCAACCCGGACAUAGUGCAGGAUGAGCCCCGGCGAGCCCUCAAGAGCGAAUUUCUAGUGCGAGAGAAUCGCAAAUAUUACAUGGAUCUGAAAGAGAACCAGAGGGGGCGGUUCCUCAGGAUCCGUCAAACCGUUAAUCGGGGGCCCGGAUUGGGAAGCGCACAAGGCCAGACAAUUGCGCUUCCAGCGCAGGGACUUAUCGAGUUCCGUGAUGCUUUAGCCAAACUCAUCGAUGAUUACGGUAUGGAUGAGGAUCCAGCCGAACUACCCGAGGGCACCUCCUUGACUGUUGACAACAAGCGCUUUUUCUUCGACGUGGGUUCCAACAAGUAUGGAGUGUUCAUGCGGGUCAGCGAGGUGAAGCCUACCUACCGGAACUCCAUCACUGUUCCGUGCAAAGUGUGGUCCAAAUUCGGAAACACGUUCUGUAAAUAUGCCGAGGAGAUGAGAAAGAUCCAGGAGCGGAGUAGAGAGAAACGGGCCUCCGAACUCCUACCGGAGGGCCAACAUGGUGACGACGGGGACGAUGAUUGACGGAUUACCGGCUUGAGCAGAAAUAAAUAAAUAGCAACAAACAGACUUUAUAAUCAGACUUUUACUAUAAAAUAUAAAGAGAGAAUUCCAAGGGAAGCACCCCACACACAACCUUCACAGUCAGAUUGGCAGUACUGUCUCUUCGCUCAUUGCUGGAUAUCACCCACUUACCAACCAUUUUAACAUGAUCUAAACAACAGCUGCAUGACGAUGGUAACAACCUCUACCAGUCCCUUUGGAGGUUUGGUCUUCUGGAAUCUCUCCCACUAGAAUUCCAAAACAGACUUAACUAACUUCCAUUCAUUCUACCAAGCUGUUUAAAGAUCUGUUCAUCUGAUGUUUGUUUUCUUCAGUUCAACUGAUCUAGUUUCAGUGUUCUAUUGUCACUAUGACGUUUCACUGGGCCUUCAAGUUCAGACCAAUCACACACAGAAAAAGUCUAUAAUAUGGGCAAGGCCAAUCACAAUCUUGUUUGUGAAGCCAACAGUCACCUUGACCAUUACUAGCUCAGCACGCAUUCUGUUUUGCACAUACCAAUGCAGAGUCCUUCAUGUAUGCAGACUGUAUAGGCUACUGUUAUGUACAGGGACGAGACAUUGGGAAAAGGGGCUAUAAAGUCAAUGGGGAGGAAGGGGGUCAAUGCACAAUGAACAUAUCCCAUGUCACCGUAUGGUCUAACUACCCGUUUAUCAACCCUAUAUUAUAUGUUGUACCUUUCAAAAUAUUUUAUCUGUGGUGUGUGUGUGUGUGUGUGUAUAUAUAUAUAUAUAUAUGGUUUGUUAAAUAUGAUGAUCCUUUCAGAAAAAUCUAACAUACAGUAUAAACAGGAAAAGCAUAUUGCUGUUUUUUUCCCUUUGUAUUUUAUACUUACAGAAAGCAUUGAAUAAAAUGGAGAAAUACUUGCACUUUAGAUAUAUUAAGAAAAUACAAAAUCUGCAUAUUAUUUUUGAUAGGGAUCUCACAUUCAGAGAGUAUAAAUUACUUUCCAGGCUUCAUGACAUUGCUGGACAGAGAUGUAUCGAGUUCUACUUAUUUAAGUAUAUUUUGUCUGUGUUUCAGAAGGUUUACUAAAGUAAAUUGCAUGAUUAAGUAGUGCUACACCAAUAUUGUUAUUUUUUUAGUUGGUAAAAAUGUCUGAAAACUGUGAUAACAGUCCACAUGUCCCAUGUAUAACUUCUUCUCUCAUACAUUCUAGAGCAGUUCUUACUGAUUUAUGGCCUUUCCUGACUACAUGACGAUGGUGCUUAAGUUGGCUUUGAAAAAUCUGCUCAUCCUACAUCUGGCAUCAUCAUAACUUGCAUCUUACUGUACUUCAUUACUUUGUUUAUGUACUUUCACUACCUUAUUAAAUUUAUGUUGAUGGAAAAA